GUCUCCAGGCCCAUAUCAAGGCCCAUAUUACAACGUUACGACAUAUAAACCCUAGCUUCUUGCUAAUCUUAUUUCGAAGGUGCAGCAAGUGUAGCAGUCGCGCAGGUGUUGAAGACCCUAAGCAGCCAUGGGUAUCGAUCUGAAGGCCGGAGGUAAGAACAAGAAGUCCAAGAGAACAGCACCAAAGUCCAAUGAUAUCUACCUCAAGCUCUUGGUCAAGCUUUACCGAUUCCUUGUUCGGAGAACCAGCAGCAAAUUCAACGCUGUUAUACUCAGGAGGUUGUUCAUGAGCAAGGUUAACAGGCCUCCUCUAUCUUUGUCAAGGUUGAUCAAGUAUUCUAAGGGGAAGGAAGGUAAAAUUGGUGUGGUUGUCGGCGCUGUAACCGAUGAUAUCCGUGUGUACGAAGUUCCAGCCAUCAAAGUUGUAGCACUUAGGUUUACAGAGACUGCAAGGGCAAGAAUUGUAAAGGCUGGAGGAGAAUGCUUGACGUUCGAUCAGUUGGCUAAAAUAGCCCCUCUGGGACAAAACACGUUCCUUCUUAGAGGUCCAAAGAAUGCUCGUGAAGCUGUGAAGCACUUUGGUCGUGCUCCUGGUGUUCCACACAGCCACACCAAGCCUUAUGUGAGAGCAAAGGGAAGGAAGUUUGAGAAGGCUAGAGGAAAGAGAAACAGUCGUGGAUUCAGAGUUUGAUGUGAUAGUAUUUUUUUGCUGGUAUUAGUAUCUGAAAUUCUGAAUUUUUCCUACAUCCUAAACACUGUUGUUAUUUAUGUUUGAUAAUGUUUUUCCUAGUAUGGAGAUUUUAUUCCUUGUUCCCUUAUUUUAUGUGGAAGUUUUGUUAUUCGAUGUUGACAUUUUGGUAGGCUAAAUUAAUGUCGAAUGGAGACUUGGUUAA